GCUACCUGUCAAUUCCAACAACCAAAAAAGUUGCCUCAGGUAUAAAACGACAAUCCACAUACACAUCCAUUACCUACAUAGUAGAUAGAUGUUGGACAAUCAUAGCAUACUCAAGCUCGUCAAUGUCUGCUUUUUUCCCCAAGGCAACCGGCAACUGGCAACUGGCAACUGACAAAUAGAUGCACGAAAUCGCCUUAUUUAGCGGAUAACGUAUCCCGCUAUUGGUACGAUCAUUCUUUUUGUACAAAUUAACCUCGAUAUCCUCGACAUUUGAAAUACCCAGGAACCGCUGACAACGCUGCCGCAAAAAUAGAAUUAAAUCAAGCUCUCUCUUUGUUCGCACCCGUUCCUACUCCCCCUUAUCCGUUAUCCAUGUCCUCGAGCUCCAUGACGAGCCGUUCGGCACCCCGGAGACGCCAAACCCUGCGAGAUUCACACGCCGCUUCGCGAAAUGGCGCCGCCGUGACUCCAAAGGUUAUCAAUGCCGGCCCUUCCCUCGAGAAGGCCGCAUUAUACGGCAUAGAUGACCAACGACCCACCUUUUCUAAACUCAUGGGACUCGCUGGUCGCAUAUUCAUCGAGACUAUCCCACAAUGGCUAGCCGUGGGAGCAAUGCUUGGUCUGAUCUUCGGUGGUUGUUGCUCUAACGUCUUCGUUCUCGAGGCUAUAAUCAAGGUCGAACCAGCGAGCGGAACGCUUUUAACCUUUGUGCAAUUUCUCUUCGUUGCUAUCACGGGUUAUAUAUCGCAAUUCGACUCAACGCACCCGCCAUUUUUCAUCAAGCCCAAUCAAGUACCCAUCCGUCGCUGGCUGAUCAACAUUGUGCUCUUUUUUAGUAUUAAUAUUUUGAACAACCACGCUUUCAGCUACGAUAUUUCUGUGCCAGUCCACAUAAUUCUGCGGUCCGGUGGCAGUAUAACAACCAUGCUCGCAGGUAGCUUGUACGGGAAGAGAUACUCUCGCAUCCAAAUUGUCGCUGUUCUCCUGCUUACUGUCGGCGUGGGUACGGCGGCCUGGUCAGACGCCCAAUCUAAGGGAACGAGUAUGGAUAGUUCGCAGGAGCCCGUUCCUAAGUUUAGCACCGGACUGGCUAUUCUCUUGAUCGCACAGAUUAUGUCAGCUAUCAUGGGGCUAUAUACCGAAGAGACCUAUAGGAUGUACGGAUCGCAUUGGAAAGAGAACUUGUUCUAUUCCCACCUGCUUUCGCUGCCACUCUUUCUUCCGUUUUCACGGUCACUGAUCAGGCAGUUCGUACAUCUGGUCGACAGCAAACCCCUUACACUCCCGUCACUUAUUGGCCAGGUUAACCCCUCGACUAUACCGGCGGCAGUGCGCCAAAAGAUGGAAGAACUCUAUAUCCCCAGUCAAGUAGCUUACCUGGGGCUAAACGUUUUGACACAAUACGCCUGUAUCCGCGGGGUGAACCUUUUAGCGGCGGUAUCUUCUGCAUUAACAGUUACGAUCGUGCUUAAUAUCCGCAAGCUGGUCAGCCUACUGUUGAGCAUAUGGCUUUUCGGAAACCAACUGGCUACGGGGACUCUGAUAGGAGCUAUCGUAGUCUUCUCUGCUGGUGGCCUGUACUCGUUAGACUCCAGGAAGCCAAGCCCGAAGCCAAAACUCAGUAGCGGCAAAGCAGGAUAGUUAGCCAUGAUAUAUUAGACUACUAGGCACAUUGUCACGCUUCUGAUGUUGCUGUGAAUAUUACGACUUCCACGUGGUCAAUUUUAUACCUAUCUCAGGUCAGUGUGCUGCCGUUUAUGCGAGGCGAAGGCUCGGUCCUGAAAACAGCGUCAGUGGUAUUACAAUAGCGUAAGAAGAUAGAAUUCAAUGUAGGUUUUAGAAGCGCAAUUGAGGUUAGUAGUAUCAUACAACGUCAAGUCAUGCUCGUUGACUAUAAGGAGAUCAUUUGAGUGAUGAGUGUGAAGUUGUACUACGUGCGACUCCCGAGUACCUGACAGUCCUGACGACCUACAUACAUAGUAGUACAAAUCACAUGCAUGUACAAUACAUACUACCUAAGGUACGUCUGCCGUCGUCUGGUACAUAGUUU